AUUAUGUUUGUGGCUAACUUCAGUUUUUAAUGAAUAUGUCCACAGGUAUUACACAGGCCAUACUGUGUGUUGCUCUUUUGUCAGGGCUGUCCUCAUGCAUUUAUCAGUACUACUUAAUUCAAGAAAAAAUGACAUGGAAUGACGCCCAAAAGUACUGCAGAGAAAAGUACACUGACCUGGCCUCUGCAGACAGCAUACACGACAUGCAGCAGAUGAUUGCAUCUGUCAGCAGUGGCUACAUAGGAUCAGUGUGGACUGGCUUGUAUGACAAUUUCUGGGAUUGGAGCUGGUCUAUGCCAGACGACGGCAUCUAUGCAAAGGCUCACCAAAUUCUGAGAGAUACGUGUUCAUAUAUGAAACAAUGGCAUGGCACAAAGCUAGAGAUUACUGCAGGCUGCACCACACAGACCUGGCCAGUGUUAGGAAUGAAAUGGAGAGUUCAGAGAUCCAGAAGUGGUACGAGUGAAAUCCUGGUUUCAGUCGGCCUCUACAGACCCACCUGGAUGUGGUGGUCAGAUGGGAUUAUGCUCUCAUUCAAAUACUGGCAAAGCAACCAGCCUUCAACUACAAAUGCAGUUUGUGCUGCCAGUAGGAUUUCUCCUGCCAUGCUCGGAAUGUGGUUUGAUGCACCCUGUGACACUCUAUAUCACUUUAUGUGUCAUAAACCAGGAAAGCAGAAGUUUUAUUUGAAGCUGACGGCACUAAAGGUCACAGGUGACCUGAAUGACCCUGUGGUGAUGGAGGCCAUCUUGAAAAUGUUUUUGAUAGAUACAGAAGAAUAUGAAUGACAAAGGGGUUCUAGGAGAUUUUAAGAUUGUGUGGAAAACAGGACCUGACGGCAAGAUCUUCCACGCAGAAGAGAAGAAAGCGUCUCUGGAGAAGACAGAUGUUUGAUUUAUGUUCUUUCACCAUUUUACAUCAUAUAUCAAUAUAGAAGGAUAAAAUGCACUUGGACGUAU